AUGCCCCAAAAUGCCCCAAUGCCCCAAAGCAACGUCAUUCAAUUGACGUCAUUGCCUCUAUCCUAGUUGAGGGGUGCGUGACUCCAGUACAAGAUGACAGUGCUGGUUGUUUAGCGCCUUCUUCGUAGUAGGUCGUGUGAGCGAUCAUCGCCAGGGAUUUUCCGAGCAUUUUGGACACCACAUUUUCGGUACCAUUGUUGAGCGCCGCGAUAGGGUCGGCAUCCACAUCCCGGUUGAGGUGAUGUGAUGGCUUGAAUGAAAGCUGGGAGCCGU